AAGGGGAAGGGGCGCCGAGCCAGGCCCACCUCUCCAGAGCUAGAGUCCUCUGACGACUCCUACGUCUCAGCGGGUGAAGACCCCCUGGAAGCCCCUGUCUUUGAGAUUCCCAUCCAGGACAUGGCAGUGGUCGUGGGGGCGGAGGUGCUGCUCAAGUGCAUUGUCACAGCCAAUCCCCAGCCGGAAGUGUCCUGGAGGAAGGACGGGGUGCCGCUGCGGAGCAGCACGACGCGGCCCAUCAAAGCGGAGGGCGAGCGUCACACCCUGCUUGUCCGGAGCGCCCGGGUAGCCGACGCCGGGCUCUGCCACGCCACCCCCCCUGCUGUGGAGCGGCAUGGGAACUUGGCACCCCCCCUCGGCCAGGCCAGCCCCAUCACCUCUGACGAGGAGUACCUGAGUCCCCUGGAAGAGUUCCCUGAAUCUGGCACCCCUCAGCACCGACCGGCCAUGAAGCUGCAGCCUAGAGCCGAGCAUGGGGCUGCCCACGGCUCCCCGGAGAGCACCUUCAAGGCUGCACCCACCUUUGAGGUGUCCCUGUCAGACCAGUCGGUGCUGGAGGGGCAGGAUGUCAGCAUGAGCGUCCGCGUCCGUGGGGAGCCCAAGCCCAUCAUUUACUGGCUGAGGAACCGGCAGCCAGUGAAGUACGGCCGCCGGCACCACGCAGAGGCAGAAGGGGCGCGGGGGCUUUUCACGCUGCACAUCCUGGCGGCAGAGCGCGCUGACACCGGCUUCUACACCUGCAAGGCCGUCAACGAGUAUGGCACCAAGCAGUGCGAGGCCAAGCUGGAGGUCAGAGCUCGCCCUGAGUGUCAGUCCCUGGCCAUCGUGGUUCCCCUGCAGGACGUGGUGGUCGGGGCAGGGGAGCUGGCCCUCUUUGAGUGCAUGGUGGCUGGCCCACCAGACAUGGACGUGGACUGGCUUUCCCGGGGCCGGCUGCUCCAACCCGCCCUGCUCAAAUGCAAGAUGCAUUUUGAUGGGCGCAAGUGCAAGCUGCUGCUCACCUCCGUGCAUGAGGACGACAGCGGGAUCUACACCUGCAAGCUCAGCACUGCCAAAGAUGAGCUGACCUGCAGCGCUCGGCUGACGGUGCAGCCCUCUGUGCAGCCGCUCUUCACCCGCAAGCUGGAGGACGUGGAUGUGGUGGAAGGGCGGACAGCACGUUUUGACUGCAUGAUCAGUGGGACUCCCCCUCCGGUGGUUAUCUGGACCCAUUUUGGCAAGCCAGUGCAGGAGGGGGAGAAUGUGCGGAUACAGCAGGACGGGGGGCUGCACUCACUGGUUAUUGUGCAUGUGGGCAGUGAGGAUGAGGGGAAGUACACGUACACGGUGACUGCCGGGAAUGCCCACGGCCAUGUGGAGUGCUCUGCUGAGCUCUAUGUGGAGGAACCACGGCCAUCUGCUGCCUCCCAGAUCUCCAAGCUGGAGAAGAUGCCAUCCAUUCCAGAGGAGCCAGAGCAGGCAGAGACAGAGAUAGAGUGCUUCACCAUGCCCGAUUUCCUGAAGCCGCUGCACAACCUCGAUGUGGUGGAGUCCAAGGAGGCUGUGCUGGAGUGCCAGGUGGCCGGGAUGCCCUACCCCUCCAUCACUUGGUUCCACAACGGCUCCCGCAUUGACAGCACGGAUGACCGCAAGAUGAUGCAGUAUAAGGACGUCCAUCGCCUGGUGUUCACAGCCGUCACCCACGCACACGCUGGUGUCUAUAAAAGCGUCAUUGCCAACAAAGUGGGGAAGGCCACGUGCUACGCACACCUCUAUGUCACUGAUGUGGUACCAACGCCUCCGGAUGGACCUCCCACUGUGGCCUCAGUGACAGGCAGAGCCAUCACACUGACCUGGAACAAGCCCAAGUGGCUGGACACUGCCAUAGACCCUAAGUCCGUGACCUACGUGGUGCAAAUGCAAGUGCUGGGUACAACACAGUGGCUGGUGCUGGUGGCUGGCGUGGGGAAAACCACUUACACAGUGUAUGGGCUGACCAAGGGUGCCCAGUACCUCUUCCGUGUCAUUACUGCCACCCCGAAGACCAACAGCAAGCCCUCCCCUCCUGUGGGGCCUGUGCAGCUUCUGGACCGGGGUCCGUACCUGGAAGAGGCUCCAGUCAUCCUGGACAAGCCAGAUGUGGUGUACAUGGUGGAGGGUCAGCCAGCCUCCAUCACCAUCACCAUCAACCAUGUGGAGGCCACUGUCACCUGGAAGAGCUGGUGUACCUGCAGGGGUGGGCAGGUGCUGGGAGAGAAGGAGGGCACCUGUGAAGUGACGAUGCCGGACGACGACCAGCACUGCCUGCGACUGCUGCGCGUGGGCCGGGGGGCGGUGGGGUCGCUGGCCUGCGAGGUGAGCAACCGCCACGGCACUGCCUGCUGCACCCUGCGCCUCCGCCUCGCAGAGGCACCACGCUUUGAGUCCAUCAUGGAGGACAUUGAUGUCCAGGAAGGGGAGACGCCACGCUUCGCUGUGGUGGUCGAGGGAAAACCACUGCCAGACAUCAUGUGGUACAAGGAUGGGGUCCUGCUGGAGGAGAGUAGCCACCUGAGCUUCGUGUAUGAGGACAAUGAGUGCUCACUAGUGGUGCUGGGUGCUGCCGAGCCUGACAGCGGUGUCUACACCUGCACAGCCAAGAACCUGGCCGGGGAGGUCUCCUGCAAGGCGGAGCUGGUGGUUCGAUCAGCCCAGCCCGCGGCCGAUGCUGCCAUGGAGGAGGAUGCACUGCACAAGGCACGACGCCUGACUGAUUACUACGACGUGCAUGAGGAGAUUGGGAGAGGGGCUUUCUCCUACCUGCGGAGGGUGACAGAGAAGAGCAGCCGGAUGGACUUUGCUGCAAAGUUCAUCCCCGGGAGAACGAAGGCCAAGCAGUCAGCACGCCGGGAGCUGCACAUCCUCUCACAGCUGGACCACGAGCGCAUCGUCUUCUUCCAUGAUGCCUUCGAGAAGAAGAAUGCUGUCAUCAUUGUCAUGGAGCUAUAUCCUCUGGAGCUGCUGGAUAGGAUGGCAAGGAAGCCUUCAGUGUGUGAGUCUGAGGUCCGGUCCUACAUAAGGCAGGUCCUGGAGGGGAUCUGCUACCUGCACCAGCACAAAGUCCUGCACUUGGACAUCAAACCAGAAAAUCUCCUGAUGGCGGAUUUGAGCAGUGAGCAGGUCCGGAUCUGUGACUUUGGAAAUGCUCAGGAGCUGACUCCCGAGGAGCCACAGUACUGCAAGUAUGGCACCCCUGAGUUCGUGGGCCCCGAGAUCGUCAACCAGAGCCCUGUCUCCAGUGUCACAGACAUCUGGCCCGUGGGGGUCAUCGCCUACCUCUGCCUGACUGGGAUCUCACCCUUUGUGGGAGAGAACGACAAGACAACGUUGAUGAACAUCCGCAACUACAACGUGGCCUUUGAGGAGAGGAUGUUCCAGGGGCUCACACGGGAAGCCAAGGGAUUUGUCAUCAAAGUGCUGGUCAACGACAGCCUGAGACCUAAUGCAGAGCAGACCCUGGAGCAUCCCUGGUUCAAGACGCUGGCCAAGGGGAAGGUCAUCAGCACUGAUCACCUAAAGCUCUUCCUCUCCCGUCGGAAGUGGCAGCGCUCACAGAUCAGCUACAAGUGCAACAUGGUGCUGCGCCCAAUCCCAGAGCUGCUGGAGGACACGUCCAAUCACCUCUCCAUUGCUGUGCCCCGGCACCUCAAGGAGUCACCAGCACUGUCAUCCUCCUCAGACUCAGACGACCUGGAUGAGCUGCCUUUUAUCCCCAUGCCCCACCAGAUGGAGUUCUCUGGCUCCCGCAUGUCACUCAAUGAGAUCCCUACAGAUGAUGAGGCCAUUGGGCCAGCUGAGGGGCCAUGCCUGGAGGGGGAGAUGCCAGAGGACGUCUCUGCCAUGGAGUGGCAGAGCCAGGGUGUGGGGAAGCCUGGGGUGGCCCUGGGGAAGCGGCCAAGGGGCACUGGCCCACGGCGGCCAAGCACAGAGGUGGAGGCACCUGGCUCCUCUGACGAAGAAGCCCCUGAAGCCCAGAAGCGGCCAGAGUACCCCCGCAAAGCCAUGAGGAAGGGCUCAAGCCUGGAGUCCCCAGGAAGCACCCCCUCACCAGACACAGCUGGCUCACCAACACCCCCUGUGGUAGAGAUCACCACCCCCCAGGCCCCCACCAUCAAGGCUGCCUUGGACAGGAGGCACAUUCCAGAGGAGCGUGGCCAGCCCAGAACCACUACGGCUGCCACCACCCCGGGGAAGAAGCCCAUGGUCAUGCAAGCCAUGGGAGCUGUGCGAGAUGAGCAGCCAGCCACUGAGGAACCCCCUCAGCCCCCACCCACCACCCCUGCUGAGCCGCCUGUGCCAGCAGCACCAGCACUGAGGGAGGAGGCAAAGCCCACCAGCUCCUCUAGUUCCCUGCUCAUCCAGGACAUCGACUCAGAGGAGGUCUUUGAGGCCAAGUUCAAGCGGGGCCGGGAAUCAUCACUCAGCCGGGGGCUGAAGCUCCUCUCCAGCUCCCGCUCCGAGGACCGGCACCUGGCCAGCCCCCUGGCCCCUGAUGAGGGCAUCUACCGUCCCACACCAGCCGGCGCGCCCCUGGAGCUGCGCAGGGACCGGCCCACGGGGCUGGCGGCCAAGUCCAAGUCAGUGCAGGACCUGCACGAGGUGGAGAAGGACGGGGGCUUCUUCCGGAGGAUGUCCGUGCUUCUCAAGCGGACCCCACCUGCCGAGCGCAAGAAGAGCAAGGGGGAGGACGGAGGUGUGGAAGGCGAGGCGCUGACCCUCUGCUGCCUGCCUGCUGGCAGCCCAACCCCCAGAAUCCUCUGGAUGAAAGACAAGAAGUCCCUGCAGCCAGACAGUGCACUGAACGUAGUGUCCUGCAAGGAUGGCCGGCAGAUGCUCACCAUUGCCAAGGUCUCCAGGAAGGAUGCUGGGCUGUAUGAGUGUGCAGCUGCCAACGCCCUGGGCACAGCCAUCAGCUCCUGCACGCUGGCUGUAGCACGGCUCCCUGGGCGGCCAGGCACCCCGGAGAUCCCCCAGAAGUACAAGAACACAGUGCUGGUGCUGUGGAAGCCUGCAGUGAGCAAAGCCCCCUGCACCUACACGCUGGAGCGCAGGCUGGAUGGGGAGCAUGAGUGGAAGAUCAUCAGCACUGGCAUUGCUGACUGCUACUUUAACGUGACGGAUUUGCCCCCUGGGAGUGCUGCCAAGUUUCGGGUGGCUUGUGUCAACAAGGCUGGACAGGGGCCCUACAGCACCCCCUCUGGGAAGGUGCACCUCGAGGUAGCAGAUGCCCAAGCAUCCCCAGCCAAGGACAUUGUCAUCCCUGUCCCUGAGAAGACGGCUUCCAGCCGCUCAACCCAGACAUCUGUGGGGCAGCUGGAGCCACCAGCCAUGGGGGUCCCCCCCACCACACCGCCCCGCAAGCACAAGGGAGUGGUGCAGAAGGCAGAUGGGGUGGCACAGGCGGAUGUCCCCCCAGAGUUCUCCCCCACUUCCACAGUGUCGACCACCCCCAGUUCAGCCCCCACACUCUCCUCCACCCCCAACGCCACACCCACGCGGAAGAUGCCCCCCUACAUGGUCACUUCCUUCGUCUCCAUGCCCCCCACAUCACCUCCUGUGCAGGAGCCCACCAGCACCACCCCAUCCUCCAAGGAGACCCCAGCUGACAGUGGGGUCCCAGGGGCUAAGGAUGGCACGGCUCUGCGGCAGGGGGUCCCCCAAAAGCCCUACACUUUUCUGGAUGAGAAGGCGAGGGGUCGCUUCGGGGUGAUCCGGCUGUGCAAGGAGAACUCCACAGGGAAGCACUUCAUGGCCAAGAUCGUGCCCUACGAGGCAGAGAGGAAGCAGAGCGUGCUGCAGGAGUACGAGAUCCUCAAGGCACUGCACCACGAGCGCAUCAUGGCCCUGCACGAGGCGUACAUCACCCCCCGAUACCUGGUGCUCAUAUGUGAGAACUGUGCUGGCAAGGAGAUCCUCUACAGCAUUGUCGACAGGUUUCGCUACUCGGAGGACGACGUGGUGAGCUAUGUGCUGCAGCUCCUGCAGGGCCUCGAGUACCUGCAUGGCCACCGCAUUGUGCACCUCGACAUCAAGCCAGAUAACAUCAUUGUCUCGGGCAUGAAUGCCCUCAAGAUCAUCGAUUUUGGCAGCGCCCAGACCUACAACCCCCUUGUGCUGCGGCAGCUGGGGCGGCGUGUUGGGACCUUGGAGUAUAUGUCGCCAGAGGUGGUGAAGGGGGACCCAGUGGGCUCUGCAGCAGACAUCUGGGGCGUUGGCGUCCUUACCUACAUCAUGCUCAGUGGACGGUCACCAUUCUUCGAACUGGACCCCAUCGAGACAGAGAAUCGCAUCCUGGCAGGGCGCUUUGAUGCCUUCAAGUUGUACCCCAACGUCUCGCAGGGUGCUGCCCUCUUCAUCCGCAAGGUCCUUGCCGUCCACCCCUGGUGA